AAGUGGCAAUGGCAAUACUGAAACACUACAUUUCAACUUUCAACCAACAAUGUAGGUUGUUGAAAAAUCUACAUUUUACAGUAUUUUCUAUGUUUAGUUAGAAAAACCGCAUCUUGCCAACCAUUAAAUAUCAGAGAUAACGUUUUUGAUCACUUACGAACAAUAAUCAUAUGCCAUAGUGUGUGUAUAAGGUUAAACGCGGUUGGGGUCACCGUUGCUCAACGUUCGCAAUUUUCCUGCAAUAUUUGAUAAUUUUGUAAACUACAAUGGGUGUUCCGAAGUUCUUCAGAUACACCAGUGAAAGGUAUCCUUGCCUAAAUGAACUGGUCAAGCAGUAUCAGAUACCAGACUUUGACAACAUGUACCUAGACAUGAAUGGUAUUAUCCACAACUGCUCCCAUCCCGACGACUCCAACCCCCAUUUCCGUAUCACAGAGGAGAAGAUCUUCCAAGAUGUGUUCCACUACAUCAGCAUCCUGUUCCAAAUAAUUAAACCGAAGAAAUUGUUCUUCAUGGCUAUUGAUGGUGUGGCACCAAGAGCUAAGAUGAACCAACAAAGAGGACGAAGAUUCAGAUCAGCAAGAGAAGCAGAAAAAUUAGAGGAAGAAGCUGUAGCAAAAGGAGAAACUCUGCCAAAGGAGAAGCGAUUUGACAGCAACUGCAUCACUCCGGGCACAGUGUUCAUGGCCCGUCUCCAUGAGCAGCUCAGAUAUUUUGUCAAGAUGAAGAUGUCUACAGACCCACUGUGGUCUAAAGUCAAAGUUAUACUAUCUGGACAUGAGACACCGGGUGAAGGCGAACACAAGAUAAUGGACUACAUAAGGUGGGCCCGCUCGCAGCCCGACUACGACCCUAACACCAGGCAUUGUUUGUAUGGACUGGACGCUGAUCUCAUCAUGCUGGGCAUGUGUUCGCAUGAGCCUCACUUUGCCUUGCUUAGAGAGGAGGUGAAAUUCGGUAAAACAACUCAAAGGGCGACCAGCCCCGAAGAGACAAACUUCUACCUUCUCCAUCUCACACUCCUACGAGAGUACUUGGAACAAGAGUUCAUCAGCAUAAAGGACAAGUUGCCGUUCGAAUACGACAUAGAGAAGAUUGUCGAUGACUGGGUGUUGAUGGGUUUUCUUGUGGGCAAUGAUUUCAUUCCCAACUUGCCCAAUAUGCACAUUAAUAACGACGCAUUGCCGUUGUUGUACAAGACUUAUAUGACCGUGCUUCCUACGUUAGAUGGUUAUAUAAAUGAAGCUGGCGACUUGCACCUAGGUAGGUUUGAGAUAUUUCUACAGGAGUUAGCUAAAAUAGACAAGGAGAAGUUCCAAGACACAUACGCCGACUUGAAGUAUUUUGAAGCUAAAACAGGCAGGAGGCCUAACGCUCUGGAAAGGAAAGAGUAUAAACCAAAUAAUGAUGAAACAUUCAACGUGGAUGUGAGUGACAUAAAGGCUAACCAGCCAGACGAUGAGUUGCAGGCUCUAAUCAACGCCACACAAGAAAUGUUUAUGGACGAUGUAGACGACUGUAAUGAAGAAUAUGAAGAAACUAGUGACGAGGAAGCAAAUUUUGAAUCGGAAUUCCUUCUUCACAAAAGAGACUAUUACAUGAAUAAACUAGAUUAUUCAAAGGUUACAGACGAGGUACUAGCAGACCAAGCAGAAGGCUACGUGAGGGCGAUCCAAUGGAAUCUGUCCUAUUAUUACAAGGGUUGUCCUUCGUGGUGUUGGUUCUACCCCCACCACUACGCGCCCUAUAUCUCUGACAUCAAAGGGUUUAAGGACUUGAAGAUUGAGUUUGAGUUGGGUGAACCUUUCAAGCCAUUUGAACAGCUUCUAGCAGUUUUGCCAGCGGCCAGUAAGCACUUACUUCCGACGCCCUUCCACGAUCUCAUGACGGAUGAGGAGUCUCCGAUAGUGCACUAUUAUCCGAUCAACUUCGAGACUGAUCUCAACGGGAAAAGAAACGAUUGGGAAGCAGUGGUGCUUAUACCCUUUAUUGAUGAGGCAAAUCUCCUGUCGGCGAUGUCGCCAUGCUACCAGCGGCUGACGGACGAUGAGAUCAAGAGGAACACACACGGGCCCAUGUUGGUUUAUAACUGGACGAAAACUAGUCAAGGCCCCGCAGCAGCGCCAGAAUACUUCCCCACGAUACAAGACUGUCACGCGGUGGAGAAUCGAGUGUGGCGCGCGGAGCUCGAUGUCCCUCUCGAUGUGCUGAAGCGAGGCAUGCUGCCCAACGCUGAUCGAUAUCUGCUUUACCCUGGCUUCCCCACCAUGAGGCAUCUUAAGUAUACUACAACCAUCAAGAAAUGCAAAGUGCAAGUUUUCGACCAACCGUCCCGCAACGAGAACAUGAUGAUACAACUGAUACCGGAGCCGUAUGUCAAUGACCCCGUGGAGACCGUGGCUCAGGAGUUGUUAGGAAAGGUCAUCUGGGCGGGGUGGCCGCAUCUUACCAAAGCUAAAGUGAUCUCGGUGUCGAAUGAAGCCAAGCGUCUCCAUUACGUGGACAAGGAGAACAACAACGUAAAUGGAGUCGUCUCGUACACUACGGAACAGAACCUAGGCAAUCUGCAUAAGCAGUGGAUUUCUGAACGAUCCACCAUCUUCGAACAUAAUCAAAAUCGUCUGGGGAUUGAAUUAAAUGAAGUGAAUAUAAUUAUUCAUGCUGUAAACCUCAAAGGUUACAAAUACCUAGUCCAAGACAACAGCCGCAUAGUCCUAGAGCCGGAAUGGUGUUCCGUGCCUUGCGGCUACGCCUACCAAGCCAUAGUGAAAGACGUCAAGGAACAUGUCCUACAAUUAGCUGGGAAAUUCUCGACGCCACAGGAGGCCUACCCGCCGGGAGAACCGGUGUUUUUGUUGACGCAGGGACAGUAUUAUGGAUGCCUUGCCACGGUCGUAGAUUCGGAGUCGAUCCGCAGCGGUCGCAUCAAGGUGAGCGUGCGCGAGACGGAGGAGGCCGUGCCCAGCGCGCGCGCAGGCGCCGCGUGCUACAGGCCUGCGCAGCGCGCCGCCGCCGCCGCCGGUAUAUCCUCACAACUGCUCUCGCGUUUGACUGGAACUGUCUUAGUUGUGAUGGGGGAGGCCAAUGACCUUCCAACAGAAAACCAAGCCAAAACCAACAUUGGCCUAAAUCUCAAGUUCAACAAGAAGAAUCAAGAAGUAUCGGGCUACACGCGCCGUUGUAAGACGACAAACGCGUGGCUGUAUUCGGACCGCUGCAUAGAGCUAGUGAAGGGCUACUGCCGGGAGUUCCCCGACUUGGUGAACACGCUGGCGACCAGCAUGGGCAACGAUAUCUUCUUUGAGGGCGAUCUGUUCCCGGGACAUGUUGGAGAAAAGAAGCCCCAAGAAGUGGUCCAAUGGAUCAAAAGCCAGGCGCAGUUCAGCGCGACGCGGCGCGAGUGCGGCUCCGAGGCGCUGGAGCCCGAGGAGCUGCGCGCGCUGUGCGACGCGCUGCUGCCGCAGCUCCAGCGGCUCCGGGACGCUGAGAAGAAGGUCACGCUGCAUGUCAAGUGGACUCUGCUUUAUAAGCCGGAGCUCCACGAAGGCAACAUCCAACCAGAUCCAACAGCGGAUUACAAGAUGUACGACCGCAUCGUUUGCACCGCGAGAAACAUUACAGUUCCCCUCGGAGCUAGGGGCACUAUCACGGCUAUAUACAAGCCUUCCAACGUCAAUACUGUUCGAUUGGCUGACAAGUUGAAUGCUGAGCCAACGUACCAAGUGAUGUUUGAUGAGCCUUUCCCGGGAGCAAUGACUGAGGAAUUGUUCAAAGAGGCUAGAUUUUACAGAAUGUUGCCAAGCAACAUGCUGAACGUGUCGUACGGGCGCAAGCUGCGGCACCUCGUGCGCCUCGCGAGCGACGAUGUGUUCCUGCACGCGCCCGCGCUGCUCCGCCGCGACGACGGACAUCACUCGGCGUUCGCGUGCUAUAGUCCCCCCGGAGACGCGAAGACACCAACGAAUGAAUCUCGCAAUGUCCCCGCGACCACGCCCGCUAACUCUAGCGACAGCCCUCAGGAUGCCACACAUCUUCUAAGGAGCCUUUUGAAAAUAAGUGACAGUGACGAUUCAAAGAAAAACGGCAAGAAUGCGUCAGAGCAGAAUUGGCGAGUGAAAACUGAACCUACCGUACAAACUCCACAACCUCAAAGCGGCCUUGCACAUCCGUUUUGGGGACUAUUCGCUGGACUGCCGCAGCAAAAUUGGCGCAAAGAGAACAGUUCUGCACACAAGCCAGGCAUCUAUCAGAAUCCUGCCGAGUGGGCUAAUAGCAACUUUAAGAACCAAAUGCCGCACAUCCCCCCCUACCCCACAUUCGGGCAGCCCUUCCACGGGCCGGGCCCCGCGCAAAUCCCGUUCCCCCAGUUCCAAAACCCCCACUUCCAGCGCCACUACAACCAGGACCGGCCUAGAUACCAGAACCAGGGCUUUCAACAAAACCAGUUCCAGAAUCAACACCAGUUCCCGAAGCAUCUGCCCAGUGUGACUGCCGCUAAUAAUCUGGCGCCCAGUUGGGCUACUGGACAGAACAAACCAAAUACAAACCAACAGAGUGCCAAUCCUAACCCAGUACCAAACAACGGCGAAAAGAUAAACAAUCCGUUUGUCCCGCUUCAAGUACAGACUAGUCAGAGGAGAAAUCAAAAUCCCGGCAGUUCUACGGCCAAAAAGGAAGAGACGUCCGCGCCUCAAAAUAUGUCGAAGCCCCAGCCUGUCAGUUAUAACAAUGUGGCGCCGCCACAGCAAUACCACCCUCGUCCGAUGAGGAAGAAGAAGCCAAGAAUAGCGGCCAACCUGCCCUUCCAAACAGACUAGUGAUCAGAUCAUAGACAGCUGACCGUGUUGCCAAACUUGUGUGCAAAAGAAAAAAGAAAAAUUACGCGUAUCGGAUCGGAAAACAUAGGAAAACUGAAUAAAAAUUGUAAAUUAUGUAAAUAGUACAUUAUUGUGUAUUUGACAAAUGUGAUCAAUAUGUUUUUGUUUAUUACUUAAUCAAUUUAUUAAAUAAAAUGAAAAUAUUUAAGGUUUGACAAUGGAACCAAAACUACAUGUACUACUGUACCGGUACUUAGCACCGCUAUUGACGCUUCGGUUACCUUUACCUGAUCGCCGAUUACAAACUGGUUGUAAAAGAAAACCGUUAAAAUUAGUAUAUUCGUAAAUUUGAUUUUUGUUUGAUAUCAAAUUUGAUACCACUAUAUUGAAUGCAAUACUAAUAAAUAGUAAUUUUUCCGUAUAGAUAUUCAGCUAAUUUCGGUUUGUAGAGUUAUCUUUGUCUCGCACAUGUAGAAAUACUAACGUCACCAGGGUAACGUGCGACAGAGAUAAUUAUACAUACCAAAUGUCUCUAUUAUUCAAUAUUGCUCCGCGAAUACGAAAUGUGUUUCUGUAUACUGGUGUCACAUUGUAAAUGGUAAGGUUAUUGUUUCCGAAAAAUGCUGGUGUGUCGAAUGUAUUAUUUCCAUUUCACAGUACAUAAAAUUAUGACAAAAGUAUACAAUAAACAUCAUAAUUUGUGCAAUAUACAUACAUAUGUAAUGACCAUAAUCUCAACUUCAAAGCGUGUUAUUUUUGUACAUAUCUUAAAAUGCAGGCCAGUUGGUAAAGUAUUUUACAUUUAACGGCUAUUUAUUUGUAAGAGUGUUGAAAUGAAUGCGUUCACGUCAAUAUAUAAUAAUAAUAAAGUACAGAUAAAUUAAUUAAAUUUAUACCAACUGCGCCUGCCGACGUCAUAUUUUGAUUAUUAGUUUUAUUUACUAAAAUAUUAUGUUUAAGACGAUCUAUCUCAAAAGUACAAACUAUUUUUUUAGUAACUUCAGUAUUUAAGACUUAGUGAAAAAUCGGCCUGUAUGUCUGCAGAGAACAAAAAAGUAAUUGAAAAUAUAUGAUGCAUGUGUAACUCAGUAUAUAUAACUCAGUAUUUUUUAUAUAAAAUUGGCCCUGUGUAUGAAUGCGUUAGGUAUAUCACACGAGAUAUAUAUUAUGUCUCCCCGCAGUAUAUAGUGUCUCUUUUGAACGAGUCUUCUUUUGUUAAAAUGUGAAAUAUUUUUUGAAAUAAGUGAAAAGUAUAUAUGUACAUGCAAAACUCAGUUACUGAUUGUCAAUCAUUUCUUGGCAUGUGAAUUUUGAAACAAGUUGUAUCUUUAAAUCAAGAUUAUGUGUUAAUAAAUAGACUUCCGAACCGC